AUGCCUCUUUGUCGUAAUUUAAGACAGGUUAAACAGUUACUAUUAACUGUAUCUCAAGCACGAUUAGCCUCGACAAAUUCCUUCUGGUCAAAUGUGGAAAUGGGACCGCCCGAUCCGAUUUUGGGUGUAACCGAAGCCUUUAAACGUGAUUCAAAUCCAAAGAAAAUUAAUUUGGGCGUGGGAGCUUAUCGUUCAGAUGAAGGAAAACCUUUUGUCUUAGAAUCAGUCAAGAAGGCUGAUGAAAUGAUUCUAAAAGAAAAAUUAGACAAAGAAUAUGCACCUAUCUCUGGUAUAGCUGAAUUUUGUCAAGCAAGUGCUAAAUUAGCAUUCGGAGAUGAUUCCAAUGUUAUUAAAAAUCAAACUAAUGCCACCGUUCAAGGUAUAUCAGGAACAGGUUCAUUAAGAAUUGGUGCAGCAUUUUUGGCAAAGUGGUUUCAAGGUAAUAAAACGAUAUGGUUACCAAAUCCCUCAUGGGGAAAUCAUACUCCAAUAAUGAAGCAUGCUGGAUUAGACGUCAAAGCGUAUCGUUACUAUGAUUCAAAAACAAUUGGAUUCGAUUUUAAGGGAGCUAUCGAAGAUAUUAACAAUAUACCAGAAAAUUCCAUUAUUUUGUUUCAUGCGUGUGCUCAUAAUCCAACUGGCGUUGAUCCUCAAAACGAUCAGUGGAACGAGUUAUCGUCAGUCGUGAAGAAACGUAAUUUAUUAGUGUUCAUGGAUAUGGCUUAUCAAGGUUUUGCUAGUGGAAAUAUCGACCAAGAUGCUUAUGCUGUUCGUCAAUUCGUUAAAGACAAUCAUAAUAUAUUAUUAGCACAAUCAUAUGCCAAAAAUAUGGGUUUAUAUGGUGAACGUGUAGGUGCACUAAGUGUAGUAUGUAAUGAUAAAGAAGAAGUUGAUCGUGUUAUGUCACAAUUGAAAAUCAUUAUUCGUCCAAUGUAUUCAAAUCCUCCGAUUGGUGGUGCACGUAUUGCAGCUAAAAUAUUGACAAACCCAGAUCUACGACAGUUAUGGUUGAAAGAAGUUAAACAAAUGGCCGAUAGAAUAAUAACAAUGAGAAAACAAUUGGUCAGUAAUUUAAAUAAAGCAGGAUCCCAAAAAAAUUGGCAACAUAUUACGAAUCAAAUUGGAAUGUUUUGUUUUACGGGAUUAAAUGCACAACAGGUUGAACGUUUAACGAAAGAAUUUUCGAUCUAUCUGACAAAAGAUGGUCGUAUAUCAAUGGCUGGUAUUACCUCAAAGAAUAAUGAAUAUUUGGCUAAUGCUAUGCAUGAGUGCACAAAAUAA